AUGAUUAAGUUCUGGAAAAGCGCUGCAAAAGGCAAAACUGGCUGCCCUGUCCGGCCACCAGAACCGAGUUAUAUAAACAAUUCUCAACUUAUAACUCCUCCCAGCUCAAGAACAGGAGAUGAAGUAGAAGAUCUGACGGACAUAUUCGAUAAAAAAUCAAAACUGUCGUUAAAUAUACAUGAUAUAUUAAUUGAAAAAAAGGCAAUUAAGCAUUUUAUUUCGUAUAUGGAAGUCAUUGGCAAAGUUGAAUUGAUUCAAUGUUGGUUAGAGUUGGAGAACUUUAAGACCAAUAUGCAACACAAGGACACUAAAAUAUUAACAAUUGAAAAUAGUGGAGAAGAAAGAGAUAGCCAAUGUGAAUGUAACUUGCCAAAAAAAGAUUACAAAGAAAUAAUAUCUCGAAAAAUAAAUUUAACAUCAAUUGAUAAUGUAAGUCAUAUGAAUGCAUUAAGUAACAACUCUUUUGACAAUCUGACUGAUAUUAAAAGUGUACUAGAAACAUGUAAAUUCUGCCGAAAAGUAGUUAAAAGUGAUCUGACUGAAGAAGCCAUUAUGUUAUUUAAAAAAUAUGUAGCUCUUGAAGCACCAUAUCAAUUGGAUUUGACGGAUGCAGUAAGAAAAUCUGUUAUAUCUAAUAUUUGUCAACCAGAGGGAUCGAUUGAUGAAGAUUGCUUUAAACCUGUGCAAGACACCAUAUUCCUUAUAAUUCAGAAUAGUUAUAUUAAUGGUUUCUUUAAUAGCCCACAUUACAUCAAAGCUCAAAUUGAUGUAUUAACCGCUGGUUCUAUUAAUCUUCGAGAUAUUUUAUAUAAUGACUCAAUAUUAUUUUACUUUACUGAAUAUUUAGAACAAGAAUCAUGUAGUAUAUUCUUAGAAUUCAUAAUGUCAGUUAUGCAUUUCAGAGACCACUUAAUUAACAAUAAUUCUUAUAACCCUGAAGAAGCCCAAGGUGAUGCAAUAGUUCUUUAUGAAAAAUAUUUUUCACUACAAGCAACAAACCCUAUUAGUUUUCCCACAGAAAUUCGACUACAAGUUGAAAGUGAUAUAUGUAGGGAAGGGGGCCCUCUUGCUACAUGUUUUGACAUACCUUACAAAGUUAUAUUUAAAACACUAUCAAAUUAUGCAAAAUUGUUUCUGGAAUCUGAAAUAUUUUAUACUUAUCUUUCUGAAAUGAUUCAAUCUGUAAAUCAAUUAUGGACCUCGAAGUUUAAGUCCCAUUCAGACUGUAGUAGUGAAUUUAGUGUUAGUACUCAAAAUACUCUUCUUGCUACGGGCGAUCCUCUCUAUAGAAACAAACGCAAUCACUCUGUACCUGAUAUGACUAUAGAUACUAAUCAGCUGUACAAUGCGGAUUCAUUAUGGCAAAGAAAAAAACAUGAUGGUUUAAUUCUUGGUAGAAUUAAUAGUCUUGGCAGAUUUGAGUCUAAAUUUGAACCAGAUCCUGAUAAAAAAAACAAAUCUGUUUUGAAAAAAAUGGUUAAUCGCUUAGUGCCUAUAAAUUCAUCAAAAGUAGAAGAAGAAAUGGCCUGGCAAAUUGCUCAUAUGAUUGUUAAAGAUGUUACUGACUUAACUAUGGCACCACCAGGGUCAGAUUAA